GGAACAGUAAAGAAAAAAAAAAGAAUAAAUCCAUCAAUAGAUGGAUAUGUGUCAAUACCUUACAAGGUAAGAUGUCUCACCCGCCAUUUUUAAUGGUACUGAUUUGGAAGACAAGGUGGUCACGUGGACCCGGCCACGCGAGAUGAUGAUAUUUUGUGAAUAAAUCGACGUGUGUUAUAAAAUCCAACGUAUCCGCCCGCGAUGCUUCAUAGCCAAGCAGCCUGACAAGAUGGUAGCGGCUCACUCUUCCUCCUCCGAACCCGCGGAGUGGAUUAUUUGUCUGGAUAAAAGACCGUCUGAGCGCUCGGGGGAAGACGUCAACACCGUCCUGUCGCAUCUCCAAAAUGUGAAGCUCUUUGAGAAGUUACACCCCACCUUCCUCCAGCAGAUCUGCCUGUGUUGCUUCUACGAAAGCUUGGAGAAAGGCAUCACUUUGUAUCGCCAGGGAGACAUUGGCACCAACUGGUAUGCCGUCCUGUCUGGCUCGCUGGAUGUUAAGGUGUCGGAGACGUCGCGAUAUCAGGAUGCUGUUACCAUAUGCACACUGAGGACUGGCACAGCGUUUGGGGAGUCGAUCCUGUACGACACCCCCCGACAUGCCACCAUCGUCACACGGGAGUUCAGUGAGCUGCUACGCAUCGAACAGAGGGAGUUCAGGUCCCUGUGGGAGAAGUAUCACCAGUGCAUGGCUGGAGUCCUCGCCCCACCCUACGGUGUGAUGGAGGCGGGUGCUGACAGAAUGCCGGACCAAGAGAAAAUGAGCACCAUUUCAUUCGUGUCUCCUUCCAAACACCCCGAUCAGAAGUCAAUGAUUGACAGUCCAGCCAAAGCCCAUAAUGCAUGGAUCUCCCAGGUGCCAUCUGAAAAGAUCCUGCAGGCGGGAAAGAUUAUCCGGAACGCCAUCCUCUCCACAGCCCCGCACAUGAUCCGAGAUAGGAAGUACCAUCUGAAGACAUACAGGCAGUGUUGUGUGGGAACGGAGCUGGUGGACUGGCAGAUGCAGCAGAACUCGUGCGUGCACUCUCGCCUACAAGCGGUGGGCAUGUGGCAGGCGCUGCUGGAGGAAGGCGUCCUCAACCACGUGGACCGGGAGCCGAGCUUCCAAGACAAGUACCUUUUCUACCGCUUCCUGGAUGAUGAUGAUGAUGAUGAUGAGGAGGCGGGGGCACCCUCGUUACUCAGGGAGGAGCAGAGCAAGGAGAGCCAAGAGGAGCUGCAGGACACCCUGAUGCUCCUCAUGCAGAUGGGGCCUGACGCAUACAUGAGGAUGAUCCUGAGGAAAGACCCAGCCGAGAGGACAGAAGAAGAGUUGGAGAUCAUUUAUGAGGAGCUGCUUCACAUCAAGGCCUUAGCUCACCUUUCCACUACGGUCAAGAGAGAACUGAUGGGGGUGCUCAUAUUCGAGUCCCAUGCCAACGCGGGAACAGUGUUGUUCAGUCAAGGCGAGGAGGGGGCGUCCUGGUACAUUAUCCUAAAGGGCUCCGUCAACGUGGUCAUCUAUGGGAAAGGUGUCGUCUGCACACUGCACGAGGGGGACGACUUCGGGAAACUGGCUCUCGUCAAUGACGCCCCCCGGGCGGCCUCCAUUGUCCUGAGAGAGGACAACUGUCACUUCCUGAGAGUGGACAAGGAGGACUUCAACAGGAUUUUAAGGGAUGUGGAGGCGAACACGGUGCGUCUUAAGGAACACGGUCAGGAUGUCCUGGUUUUGGAGAAAAGCCUCAGCAGCAGCCGAGCAUCCACCCAGGGAGCUUCAUCCUCCCAUCACAAGUACAAGGUAAUGUCGGGGACGCCAGAGAAGAUUUUGGAGCACCUGCUUGAGAUGAUGCGAAUGGAUUGUCAAGGUUCAGAAUCAGAUGCAUCUUUAGAUGACUUUGUGCUCACGCACUGUGUCUUCAUGCCCAACGCUCAACUAUGUCCGGCGUUAAUGGCUCACUACCAUGCCCAGGCCUCGCAGGGCUCAGAGCAGGAGAAGCUGGACUACACGCUCAACAACAAGCGGCGUGUGAUCCGUCUGGUCAUGCAGUGGGCUGCCCUGCAUGGAGACCAACUGCAGGAGGAGGACGUCUCAGUGGCCUUCCUGGAGGACUUUCUGAUGGCUGUGUCUAAUGAUGCUAAACCACUGCCACCUCUAAAUGAGCAGCUAACGGAGCUGGAAAAACUUGUCAAGUACAACACAGACGAUGCGUCACACAGAAAGCACAAAGUCCUACUGCGGCAGUUCAGCACGGGAGAAGACAAGCUCCACAAGUGUCAGCCUAUCAAGAGCGAUGAUGAAAUUCUAUUCAAAGUGUUCUGCUGUGACCACACCUACAUCACCAUCCGGGCUCCUGUGGCCGCUUCGGUCAGGGACGUCAUGGACGCCGUGGCAGACAAGCUGGGCUCGGCGGACGAUCUUCUCCUGGUCAGUCUCAGCUCGGCAGGAGAUAAAGUCACGUUCAAACCCACGGAUGUGUCCGUGUUCUCCUCUCUCACCAUCAACGGACGUCUCUUCGCCUGCCGGAAGGAUCAGCUGGAUUCUUUGACCCCCGUGGCCGAGCAGGAGGGUCCGUCUGCCGGCUCCUUGUCCAGCUUUGAGUGGAUGAGCUCCAAAGAUGUUGCGUACCAUUUGACUUUGUAUGACUGGGAGCUUUUCAACUGCGUACACAAGUUGGAACUGAUCUACCACAUCUUUGGGAGACAACACUUGAAGAAAAGCACGGUCAACCUGGACCUGUUCCUGAGGAGGUUCAAUGAAAUUCAGUUCUGGGUGAUCACCGAGGUCUGCCUGUGUCCUCAGCUCAGCAAACGUGUGCAGCUUCUCAAAAAGUUCAUAAAAAUUGCAUCCCACUGCAAGGACCACAGGAAUUUGAACGCCUGCUUCGCCAUCGUCAUGGGCCUGAGCCACCCGGCGGUGAGCAGGCUGAGUCAGACCUGGGAGAAACUACCCGGCAAAUUCAAGAAGUUCCAUGGAGAAUUUGAAAAGUUGAUGGAUCCGUCCAGGAACCAUCGAGCGUACAGAUUGACUGUCGCCAAGCUGGAGCCUCCCAUCAUCCCUUUCAUGCCUCUGUUGAUCAAAGAUAUGACGUUCACUCACGAGGGAAACAAGACCUUUAUCGACAAUUUAGUCAAUUUUGAGAAAAUGCGGAUGAUAGCCAAUACACUGAAGAUUGUCAGGAAUUGCAGGAGCCAACCAUUCAGUCCGGAGUCUCCGCACACGAACAAGAACCACUCUGAGAUGCGGCGUUACGUGCGUCACUUCAGCGUGAUCGACAACCAAAAGACGCUGACCCAGCUCUCUCACGGACUAGAACCUCGCAGAUCUUGAUAGGAGUCAGGAAAGGAGGCAGGAGACAGGGAAGGAGAUAGGAUUCAGGAAGAAAAGAGACAAUCACACAGAAUGAUGUGUCAAUGUGUUUGCACAUAUUUCAGGCUUGACGGACUCGAACUUGGCACCAGUCGAGCUGCUUCUCUCUGGGACUCGAUUGGUGAUUGUGGAUUAUUUCAAUGUGUUCUUAUUUAUACACAUGUGGCCGCUUGUUCUGUCUUGUAAAUGAUAUAUAAAUAUUUAUUUUGUCAUUAG